AUGCCGUACAUAGCUGUCUGCUGCUUGUACAGAUUAGAACUUGCCUCUUUUCUGGACGGCAAGCCUACCAGCCGUGGCGGGUUGCACCUGCUCCGCCCCGGCCAGGCGCCUCCAGUCAGGGCGCUGGGCACUCUCAGCUUCGCCCUGCCGCCUCUGCCUCUGCCUCUGCCUCGUUGGCCUCAAUUUUACCAACCUUCCAUCCCACCAUCCACCUCCUCGGCCGCCCGUCCGAAGCUUGCCUCGUCCUCCCGCAUCGCUCACCCUCCAUUGAGGCGCAUUCACUGCUGCCCCUCACUACUUGAAUCGCGUCCGGCACGCCCUCCCGACACCAUGGCCCCCAUCACCGGCCCCUUGUUCCCGUACCGCGAUAUCAACCUGCGUGUUAGCAACGACGCCUACACCUUCACCUCGCCCUCCUCCCCCAAUGCCCCGGCGUUGGUCCUCGACCGUCCUACCGGCGAUGUCAGCUUAACCGAACCGUCUCUGCAAUCAACCAAGCGCGCCACUCGCGUCUCCAGUGUUGCCGGUGUCCUCGGUCUCAUUCAGCUCAAGCUUGACAAAUAUGUUAUUAUUCUCAACAAGACCAAACCUGUUGGCCGCCUCAAGGGCCAGAUGGUGUACAAGGUCCUUGCCGCCGAGAUUCUACCCAUGCGCGAACGCCAGAUCCACGAUCCGGACGAGGACACCUUUGUUCGCCUACUCGAAACCUUCCUCAAGAAGGCGCCUCUCUACUUUUCCUACUCUCUCGAUCUCACAAACUCGUUCCAAAGGCAGUCCCAGGCCGACACCACCAAGCCCCUCUGGAUGCGCGCCGACGACCGCUUCUUCUACAACAGGUUCCUUCAGUCUGAUCUCAUCAACUUUCGCAACCUCGGCUCUCGCGCCCAGCCUGGCCCCCAGCCUGCUAUCGACCCCUUCAUCCUUCCCUGUAUGUUUGGCAUGUUUGAGAUGAAGCAAACUUCGUUCAAAGGCACUCCUCUCAGCCUUACUCUCAUCUCCCGCCGGUCUAGAUACCGUGGUGGCACCCGAUUCUUCACCCGUGGUGUUGACGAGGAAGGUCACGUCGCCAACUACAACGAAACGGAGCAAGUUGUUAUUCUCAAUGAGGCCAGCACCGGAAUGGGCGGUUUUGCUGGCAGUACCGAUAUGCAGAGCGGAAAGCUAGGUGGUACCGACGGCAAGGAGAUGCAAAUCAUGUCUUACGUCCAAACUCGAGGCAGUGUUCCCACAUAUUGGUCCGAGAUCAACAGCUUGCGUUACACCCCCAAGCUCCAAGUCCGGGGCACACAGGCUGCUACCGCCCCCGCUGCGCGCCAUUUCGACGAGCAGAUCCGCAUCUACGGCGACAACUACCUUAUCAACUUGGUCAACUCCAAGGGCCGUGAGCGCAAUGUCAAAGAGUCAUAUGAACAAAUGUGCCAGGCUCUUUCUCGAGCUGGUAGUGCCGCCGAUGCUACCAACGAAAAGUUCACCGUGACCCCAAGCAGCAGCAGCCGCAACCACUUUGACAGGAUUCAUUACGUCUACUUUGACUUUCACACCGAGACCAAGGGUAUGAGAAUGGACAAGGCAUACAACCUGGUCACACGCAUGCACCAAAGGCUCGAGACACAGUCGUACUUCCGUGGCGUGGAUAUGCCCGGCGGUCUCGAUGACAAGCUCGAGGCCCGCAGCCUGCAAACCAGCGUCAUGCGCACCAACUGCAUGGAUUGCCUUGACCGCACCAACGUUGUUCAAAGCAUGUUUGCUCGUGCUGUCCUCGACCGCAUCUUCGGCGAGCUCGGCCUCAUGCCCCGUGGCGCCUCCUUCCGCGACCAGGACCCCGAUUUCGAAUUUCUCUUUCGCAAUCUGUGGGCCGACAACGCCGAUACUGUCUCUGGCUCCUACUCGGGCACUGGAGCCAUGAAGACAGAUGUCACCCGUACGGGUAGCCGCACCAAGCUUGGCGCCCUUCAGGAUGGACGCAUUGGCGUCACACGCUACUUCCUCAACAACUUUCUCGACGGUCCUCGCCAGGACAGCUUUGAUAUCUUCCUUGGUGCCUACCAACCUGGUAAAUCCGGCGUCGGCCUGGGGCGCAUAUUUGUCGACAGACGCCCUCUCCUAAUCCAGUCAAUCCCAUACCUGCUCGCUUUCAGUACCUUCAUCGUGUUUAUUGGCAUUUUCACUAAGCGCGAAGCCGAUGCAAGGGUCCUGCCUCUGCGAAUCUUUAUUCUUUUCUGGACCGCCGUUGCCGCAUGGUGUGUGCACUUCAUCUUCGGCCACGGCAUGCUCUACGUAAACUGGCCCAAACUUAACCCACGUUCCUUUGCGACUGAAGGCUACAACGAGCACUACUCCAAAGCACGCAAGGAUGCCUUGCUGGGCAGCUUUGUGGCCCGCCACGAACGCGGUCUCAGCACGGCACGCUUCCUUAGUGCUGAAGAGGGCAAGAAGAGAAUCGAGUAA